AUGAGGUGGAUUGGGUUUCAUUACAAAACCCCACCGCCACCGCUACUCAAUACUGUACCCUCUUCCUCUCAUCCCAACGUUACCUUCUUCCCCUCCCUCGCUGUUCAGACUUCUCACCAAAAAUGACCACCAUCAACGAUAUCCACGACGCCCUACUUUCCAACGUCUUUGCUUCCAUCACCGACGUCCGCACCCGCAACUCCCUUGCCCUCGUCUGCCGAAGAUUCAUGGUUCUCGAAAGGUCCACGCGCGUCUCCAUCACGCUCCGUGGAAACGUGCGGGACCUCUAUAUGAUCCCCACCUGCUUCCGAUCCGUCACCCACUUGGACCUCUCCCUGCUCUCUCCUUGGGGUCACUCCCUUUUAUCCUCAUCUCCGGCUCAGCGCUUCGAUCCACACCUUCUCGCCCAACGCCUCCGAGUCGCCUUUCCGUCGGUCACUUCCUUGACCGUCUACGCCAGAUCACCGUCCACGAUCCAGAUUUUGCUCUCCCAGUGGCCGGGACUGAACCGCAUCAAGCUGGUGCGGUGGCACCGGCGGCUCUCCCAGUGGUAUAUCGGUGCGGACUUCGAUCCGUUGUUUGAGCAAUGUCAGAAUCUUGCUUGGCUUGAUUUAUCAAGUUUCUAUUACUGGACGGAAGAUCUCCCCCCUGUUCUGCAAAAGAACCCGAAGGUCUCGGGGUCGCUUGUUCACCUGAAUCUACUGACAACAUCUUUUGCUGAAGGGUUCAACUCUCAGGAGAUUGGGGAAAUCACGGCGGCUUGUCCUGGAUUGAAGAGAUUCAUGGUGGCGUGCAACUUUGACCCCAGGUACAUUGGGUCCGUGGGAGAUGAGACUUUGUUAGCAAUUUCCAGUAAUUGUUCCAAAUUGACGCUUUUGCACUUGGUGGAUACUUCGGCGCUGGCUGAUUCCAGAGGAAAUCCAGAGAGUGAAGGGUUCACCUCUGAGGAUGCUAGGAUAACUAGAGUUGGAUUGAUGGACUUCUUCUCUGCAACGCCUGUCUUGGAAGAAUUAGUGCUUGAUGUUUGCAGGAAUGUGAGGGAUAGUGGAUUGGCUUUGGAGGUGUUGAUUUCGAAAUGCAAAAAACUGAAGGCGCUCAAAUUAGGUCAGUUUCAUGGGAUUUGUAUGGCGAUUGAAUGGCAACUAGAUGGGGUUGCGUUGUGUGCGGGGCUGGAAGAGCUAUCCAUCAAGAAUUGUGCAGAUUUGACGGAUAUGGGGUUGAUAGCAAUUGGGAGAGGGUGCUGUAAACUGACCAAGUUCGAAGUUGAAGGGUGCAAGAGGAUAACCGAGAAGGGGAUGAGGACCAUGGCUAGUUUGCUUCAGAAGACAUUGGUUCAAGUCAAGAUUUCUUGCUGCAAGAAUUUAGAUGUGGCUGCAUCUUUGAGAUCUUUGGAGCCCAUUUGUGAUCGGAUCCAGAAGCUACAUAUUGAUUGUGUGUGGAAUGGAUUGGAGGAAACUGAGAAUUCUAAUCAUCUUCUCCAUGGUUUUGACCACAAUGAAAUGGAUGAAUCUGGUUCUUCUAGCUUAUCCGUAAAUGAGUAUGAGGAUAUGUGCAGAAAGAAAAGGAAAUACUCCUUGGAUGAAGAUUCUUCCAAUCUACAAUGCAAUGGCAAUGGAUUUUGGUGCAAGACAUGGGACAAGUUGCAGUACCUCUCUCUUUGGAUUGAAGUCGGCCAGGUUUUAACUCCAUUGCCAAUGGCAGGUCUUGAGGAUUGUCCUAAUCUGGAGGAGAUUUCCAUAAAGGUAGAAGGAGACUGCAGGGGGCGGCACAAGCCACAGCAACCUGAGUUUGGGCUGAACUGUCUUGCACGCUACCCACGACUUUCAAAGAUGCUAUUGGAUUGUGGCGAAACACUAGGUUAUGCUCUUACAGCACCUUCAGGCCAAAUGGAUCUCAGCCUGUGGGAGAGGUUUUUUCUCAAUGGCAUUGGGAAUUUGAGCCUCAACGAACUUGAUUAUUGGCCUCCGCAGGAUAGGGAUGUCAACCAGAGGAGUCUCUCGCUCCCUGCAGCUGCACUGCUGCCGGAAUGUCAAACGUUAAGAAAGCUGUUUAUCCAUGGCACAGCACAUGAACAUUUCAUGAUGUUCCUUCUUCGGAAUCCUAACCUGAGGGAUGUGCAGCUAAGAGAAGACUACUAUCCAGCACCUGAGAAUGACAUGAGUACAGAGAUGAGAGUGGAUUCCUGUAGUCGCUUUGAAGAUAGGCUUAACAGUCGACAUAUCCUCGAUUGACACAAGUAAACAAGAUAAAUUGUAAAAUGCUUGUCUAUUAAAACCUGAAUAACUAUCUGUCAGAGGCAAAAUCUGAGCUUCUGAUAUUUUGUUCAUGUUUAUGCUAAUUAUAAUUGUACCAUUUCAUAUUUGAUAACUUAAAAAGAUACCGAGGUAAGGACCGGAAAUGAACACUCGACUGAAUGCAAAAAUGGAAAAAGAUAGAAGUUUCGUUGAAUUGGUUGGUAGCUAAAA